UAACGCUAGCUGCGCCCCGACGGACGGUAGCUGCGGCGUUAGCGAGGCUACUUCGCGGUUUUGUUUAACAAUACAACAACUCUCCAUUGUGACGUUUUACAUCGGUCACGUAGCGGUGGUUGCGUGGUUGGAGCAGCCCUCCCUCGGGAAUUCGAGCCCAGGAGGCUCAGCAGUUUCCGUUGACCAUGAUUUCGACCCAUCAGCAGACAUGCUUGUCCACGACUUUGAUGAUGAACGCACCCUGGAGGAAGAAGAAAUGUUGGAGGCAUCAGAUGAGACCAACGCCAACGAGAUUGAAGAUCUUGCACGGGAGGGAGAGAUGCCCAUUCAUGAGCUGCUGAGUUUGUAUGGUUAUGGGGGCGGUUCACCAGCAGAUGACGAUGAAGAGGAGGAGGAAGAACCCGAGGAAGAAGACGAGGAUGAGGACGAGGAUGAGGAAGAGGACCUCGACAAUGAUGAAAGCAGUAGAAGCACUGGCGAGUUAAAAAGAAAUGAGAUUGAGGGUGUUAAGAUCUCAUCAGUACAGGGGGACGAGGCCCAGGCAUCCUCUGAGGUCCGAACACGCUCAGUCAGGUCACUUGGCACAGCAGAACUCAUUCGCCCCCAGAAACUCAAGUACUUUGAAAGUAAUAAUGAUGCAGAGGAGGAGUCAGAUGAAGAUGAGGACUAUGUUCCAUCUGAAGACUGGAAAAAGGAAAUCAUGGUGGGUUCAAUGUAUCAGGCAGAAACUCCUGUUGGCCUGUGUAAAUAUAAAGAAAAUGAAAAAGUUUAUGAAAAUGACGACCAGUUGUUGUGGAACCCCGAGUGCCUUCCUGAAGGCAAAGUGGUGGAGUUCUUGACGGAGGCAUCGAGGCGGACGGGAGAAGAGAAGGGAGUGGAUGCAAUCCCAGAGGGAUCCCAUAUCAAAGACAAUGAACAGGCAUUGUAUGAACUAGUGAAGUGUGACUUUGACACAGAGGAAGCUUUAAGACGACUGAGGUUUAAUGUAAAAGCAGCCAGAGGACACCUUGCAGAUGCACCAUUAACACGUAUUCUCUCUGCAACAGAGGAGCUAUCUGUCUGGACUGAAGAGGAAUGUAGAAAUUUUGAACAAGGACUAAAAGCUUAUGGGAAAGAUUUUCAUUUAAUACAGGCCAACAAGGUGAGAACUAGGUCUGUAGGAGAAUGUGUGGCCUUUUAUUACAUGUGGAAGAAGUCUGAGCGUUAUGAUUUCUUUGCACAGCAAACCAGACUUGGGAAAAGGAAAUACAACCUUCACCCUGGUGUCACAGACUACAUGGACAGAUUACUGGACGAAACAGAGAGCGCUACGUCCAGCAGGGCGGCGUCUCCACCUCCCACCACCUCCAGCAGCAGCGCCAGCCACUCGGAGAGAGAAGACGGCAGCAGUCAGAACGGUAUCUUAAGCCACGCUUCAAGUCACCCAUCGGAUGGCGCUCAGUUGCCCCCAACAAAUCAAGUCAAACCUGAGUCCGUUCAGUCCAACGGCCCCUCCCAUCCGUCAGUGGAAGCUCCCGCUCCCAUUUCAGACAACUCCAACGGCUGCAGCCAACCCAGCGCACCCAGCCACGACCAAAACGGUUCUCUGGAGCCUUCGCUGGACCACAGAGACACGGAAACAGCACACGAAAGGCCGGCCAAGAGAUGCAGGACGGAGGCAGAGCCUUUGGGCCAAAGUGAGGUGGAACCAUCCAGAACACAGGAGGACUGAAGGAGUUCAGUGAUGUAGACUAAUAGACGCUAAAUCACGGGGGAAAUUGUCCCUACUUCCCCCAGAGGAAAGGGGUGGAGAAGAUGAGGAAAGAUGACCCCGCUUGGCCCGUGAGCGCAGUAUCUCCUGAGAGCAAAGACUCACUGUUUGACAAGGUCAAAGGUCACUGAAAAUCACAGCUUGAACUACACAGACAACCAAACUGUAGCUGGUCCUCUAGGAGGGGGGGAGGGUGGUCUCCCCGUCCCUCCAACCCCAUCCAUGAACUGACGGCCCGCAGAGCUCUUCCCAAAGUCCCACAGCUCCGUCUUCUCCUACUAAACAUCUUCUUCUACCCAUCGUCUGUAAUCACUUUUUUGGAGACUGACUGACAAAAUUAUGCCAAGAAUUUCCUUUUUUCUAUUUGUACUCAUAGAAAAUAAAUCACCUGUGAUAUUUUUUUACACAAGAGAUAUUUAUAUUUUUAAACAGAAGAAAGCUAUGAUAAGUAACUGCUGUUCAAGCGAUUUGAGGACAUACAUUUGAUGAAACGGGGAGGGGGGGGACAGACAGGUUUUAAACAAUUACAUGCUUAAAUUGUGAAAAAGAGGCAAAGUAGGCAAACACAAGAUGAGUGAGGCCGGUGUUGUCGCGGCUCUUUUUUAGUUGCACUUUGAUUGUAUGUUUCUGAUCUUUAUUGAUGAGGAGUGGUGUUGAAAACCCAGCAGAAUUACAUUUUAACUCCUCCUCUUAACCCGCUCCAGCCUCUACCACGACUCUUUGUUUGAUUCUGAUAAAUAAACCAAUGGGUUCGUCCCCCCGCAGGUUUGUUUGUGUAAAGCAGCUGACAUCAGUGAUGUCCUGUAUAAUAACUCAUCAUGUAGGAGAUCGCUGUAUUUUUGGAUUUUCAUAGUCGGUGCUUUGCUCAACGCUUUGUUUUUACUAGACAGAAUGUCCGUGAUUUUUAAUGUAAAGUUUGUAUAGAUUUCUUACCUUGAGCAGUUGGUACAUUUUUUUCUAUAACUGUCUGUUCAUCUCUGUAUGUUCAGGUCUUCCUCGUAGGCUGCUGUGCUUUUUUGUUGAGAAAUAUUUCGCCUGUGUUGAUCUGAGACGGAUGUAAUAAUAAAAAAAAGUAGCCAUUCCUCUUUCCCUCUCUGUUCGGCAGCACUUCCCAUUCCUGUGUGACCUUGCACAAUCUGAAAUGUUUGUUGCAGAUAGCAUCAUCUUUUGUGCAAAGACAAAAAGCGCCACAUGGUGGUUGAGUGUGCUGCUUGCCUUUGGUUUAAAGCCCUCUGCUUACUCAAAGUGCUUAGUUUCAACCAAUAUUUCCUGUCUUUCCUCAGCAAGUGGAUUUUUCCAGCAGUGAAACAGACCGGGUCGACAUGAGCAUGUGACCUGGGAGACCUUCAUUUGUUUUGGUACAGUAGCUGUUCAGCUUGAUGCUUCCGUGUUUUACUUUGUAUUUCAGCUUUGAACUUACAUUCACAAAUUAAGAUAAGUUUGUCUCAAUAUUGUUGAUCCAUGUAGUCUUUUCUUUCCCUUCGUUGACAAUAAUGUCUUUUUAUUUUUUUUUUUUCUGUAAAUGACAUGAAUAAAAGUGUAUUCCAAGACUGGCUAUGAAUGGAAUAACAUUGGCUAUAUUUAAUAAAUGUAUUAAUGAGU